AUGGCACUUGUUAACUAUGCAUCUUCAGAUGAAAACGAAGAUCAAAUAGAACUAUCAACAAAAAAAUCAAAUAAUCAUAGAAAAAUUAUAGCAGCACCAGAUAUAUCUCUUCAGGACACUAAGAAGCUUAAAUUAACACAAAAUGAUUUAAAAAAUCGAAAAAUAAUGAUAAAUAUCCCAUAUGAAGAUCUUUCUAAACCCGUCCAGGGACCUAUUAAUCCAUUUAAUGGACAAACACUUAAUGAGAAAACAGUGAUCACAGGUCAUGUAGAGGAACAGGGCUUUUCAGAUGCGACAUUCCGUGAUCAAUAUCGUACAUUUAAUGCAUUUGGAUAUGCACGAGACCCAUCAAUCCAAGCCAUAGGGUUGCAUGGACCUGAAGCUUUUGUAGGAGAUUUGGAGCUUGCUAUGAAGCAAAAUGGAGAGAGUGUAUUAGAAAGAAAGUUUGAUAAGCAACGAACUAAAGAUUUAAAAAAAAUGAGAGAAAAAGAAGGUGAUUUAGCAACAGUUUAUGGAGAAAAUACAUAUAAAGGCCCUUGGGCAAAAUAUAAACACAUAGAAAUAGAACAAACAUUAUCUCCUCCAGACACGGAUGGAGAAGAUGAAGAUGAAAUUCCUGUUUCUAAUCCUAUCAUCGAGUCUCAAGAUCUUGAUGUUAAUACAACUGGCAUAGAAAAAACAACAUUUCACGGAGAAAGUAUAUAUGACUAUCAAGGCCGAACAUAUAUACAUGUACCUCAAGAUUUAGACAUAAAUUUAUCAAAAGAACCAGGACAACAGGAAUGCUUUGUCCCAAAAAAACUCAUUCACACAUGGGAAGAUCAUACAAAGACUAUUUCUUCAGUGAGAUUUUUUCCUCGUUCUGGACACCUUAUGCUUUCUGGAUCUAUGGAUUCUAAAAUCAAGCUUUGGGAUGUUUAUCAUGAUAGAUCGCUUCUUCGUACAUAUUUUGGACAUAGUACAGGUGUUAGAGAUAUAACGUUUACAAAUGAUGGUCGAAAGUUCUUAAGUGCAAGUUAUGAUAGAAUGAUAAAACUUUGGGACACUGAAACAGGACAAUGUAUAUCUCGAUUUACUACAGGAAAAAUUCCUUAUGUUGUAAAAUUUAAUCCAGAUCAUGAUAAACAAAACGAAUUUCUUACUGGAAUGUCAGAUAAAAAAAUUGUUCAGUUUGAUAUAAACUCUGGAAAAAUUAUACAAGAAUAUGAUCACCAUUUAGGAGCAGUAAAUACAAUUACGUUUAUUGAUGAAAAUAGACGAUUUAUAACUACCUCGGAUGAUAAAUCAUUACGUGCUUGGGAAUAUGGAAUACCUGUUCCUAUUAAAUAUAUUGCAGAACCCUAUAUGCAUUCUAUGCCAUCAGUAGCGUUACAUCCUUCUGGAAAAUAUGUAGCUUGUCAAUCUCUUGAUAAUCAAAUAAUUGUAUUUUCAGUUGUAGAUAAAUUUAGACAAAGACGCCAUAAGAAUUUUAAAGGCCAUAGCUGUGCUGGAUAUGCAUUGGAAGUUAAUUUUUCUCCAGAUGGGCGUUUGUUAUGUAGUGGUGAUUCAGGUGGUUAUGCGUGUUUUUGGGAUUGGAAAACAUGUAGAAUGUAUAAAAAAUUUGCUGCACAUAAUGGUCCUUUAUCUACAAUAGCCUUUCAUCCUCAAGAAACAAGCAAAGUUGUAACAGGAGGAUGGGAUGGAAUGAUACAUUAUUGGGAUUAA